AUGACAGACCUUGAGGUGACUAGAAGGUUUGAUAUUUCAGGAAAUUUUAAUCAUUUCAGGAACAAAAUGAUAGUCGAUACUCACAUGUACUUCAGUGCAAGAGCUUCCUCUCUUGGGAAUGUCUGAAGAUGGAUAAAUACCACAACAAUACUUGAGUGAAUAUCCUUCAGUAGUAACGAUCUCGAGAAUUUUGCUCUUAUUGAUACAGACUCUAUCUUCUUGGGAGUUGUAGGGACUUCGAACUCUCAUUUCUACCUACUGAGAAGUAGCUUCUCAGAUCCUUCAACUUAUGCAUGGAGUAAGAUUAUUAACUGCCCAGGAGGAACAGGAUGCGUAAAAGGUGGAGGAGACUCGAUAUUAAGCAAAGAUGGGAAGUACAUUCACACCAUCAUCCAAUAUGAUUCUAAGCUUAUCUUUCAUACAUUAUCAGCGAACAAUGGUGAUCCACAACAUUCUGGCCUAAUCGAGAAUGAUGGAUCUAUAAACGCUAGAGAGAUUGUAGAAACGAGCCAAUAUAUAUUAAUUACAGUAGAAUAUUUUGGACCAUCAAGGACCAAACUAUUCUUGAUAAACUCGACUUCUCAUCAAGUUCAUUUGGAGUUCACUCACUCUGGAUACAAAGUAUUUUCUGCUUACCCAACUUCUAUUAACGACCAAGAAUAUGUAUUUUUAACAGGAAUGAAAACGAGCUCAUCAAUAACUUAUAGCAUGAGAUCUCAUAUUGAAGAAAUUGGUCGGAUAACUGAAAUGACUGCUGUUUCUACAACAUUUGCUAUAAAUAGUGCUAGCACUGAUUAUCAAAUUCAAGAUGUUUCAAGUCUUCCAUCUCUUACAAGCAGAACAAAAUCUAUUUCUAAUGUUACUAAUCCUUCUGUGAUAACUAAUGAUGUAACAAGUUUAUUCUCUCCUUCGUUCAAAUAUGCAGUGUCUGUUUGGAAUGAUAAACAUAUCCAGUCUGUGCAAAGUAAUGCUCUUGUCUAUCUCAGUUUUACUUGGGCUUGCUAUCAUUCUUCAAAUGUUACAGCAAUCUCUUUCAGUCUGAACCAAACUGGUAGUGACAACAUUCCUGACUGGGUCACUCUUGAUGCCAACAACCAGCAAUUGUAUUUGAAUGUUACUCCCACAGUAGUUGAAGACACUGUGUACAAGUUUUCACUGUUGAUUCAAUUUAAUUCUGAGCAACACUACAAAGAGUUCGAGAUCAUAGUGGAGGCCUGCCUUGUUGACAACUGUGAUCAAUGCAAGCUAAGAGAGUCAGACCAGUGUAAAACUUGCAGUUCAGGGCAUUCAGCCUCUAGUGACUUGAAGAAAUGAAUUAAUACAGAAGUUGCAGAAGGAACCGUAGAAACUGCUCAAGCGAUGAUUUUAGGAGGAAUGGUCUUAUCAUCUGGUUGAUCAUUGGUUUCUUUCUCAUCUGCCUCAGGAAUGUUUAGUAUGGUCAAUAGUUUUCAGCUGUUAAUUCUACUCCCCCUGAUACCUCAGUACUUCUCUGAGAAAGUGAUAAACUUUCUAUCUGGAAUGAGCUUUACUAUGUUUUCAUUUGACUUUAUCGACUUAAAUGAAAUUCCAUUUGUUGAAUAUCUUACCAGCUGGAUAUCAUUACCUCAAACUGAUGACUACCUGGACACUCUUGGACUUGGAUCUGGCAGCUCUAUCAUAAACUUUUUGCCGCUGAUUAUUGUGCUAUUGCUACUCGGUGCCGCUCAUACUCUUCUUGCUAUUGCUUAUGGGUUCAAUAAGAAAAAGAAGAAGAGAAGCAAAGUGCGAAAAGUUCUUACAAAAUUCUUCGUGUAUUUCACAUUUAAUAUUUAUAUCAGGAACUUUAUUGAAGGGUUCUUGUUUGUACUUCUGUCAGUCUCUUCAGAGAUCUACGCUAUGAAUUUAUCAUCUACUGUGGCAAAGGUGUCUUUUGGGAUUUGAAUGUUUCUUUGAGUCUGCUUAAUCGUGUUUUAUUUUAUGAGCUUUGUUAUGUAUAAGGCAUGAUUUUCUGAAAUAAAUCGAUCUAAAUAUUGGUAUUCCACAGAGUUUUUUUCAGGAAUCAGAGAUGCAAAAGCAGCUAAGUUGUAUUGCAUAAUGUUCCUUACCUUGAGAAUUUUUAUUGUAAGUGUCAUAAUUCCUGCUCAAGAACUGGCUUCGGUUUAUAAAGCAAUCCUGUUUAUUAUUCCAAAUCUAUGCUACGCAGUGUUCUUAUGCCUGGUUAGGCCUCUUCAAGAGAUAAAAGACAACAUCAUUGAGGGAAUAAACCAAGUAAUCUUCUGAGCCCUCUGCGUCCCUCUCCUAUGGCUAGAUACUGAGAACGACUGGAACUCGACUUACGAACAAUUCUACAUCACCACUGCUAUGUGUAGUUUAUCCGUUGGAUCUCUCAUCACUUUAAUAUCUCUACUAUUAUCGCUCUUCUUCAAAUUUUGCAAGAAGUCAAACAAGGGCACCAAAGUAGAGGCAUUCAAGAGCGUAGGCCAAGUCCUGCCCAAAGAAGAAUCCAAGAGUGCCCUAAAGUCUGAGGUCUCUGGGAAAUCAAAUGCGAACUUCAAUGAUUAUAGGAGCAGAGAUGAGCAAGCAAGUGGACUUCAGAAAUUGUAAAGAGUUAGGUGAAAUUGGAUUUUCAGUUA